AUGUCUUCGGACAAGCCAGCUCGUUAUUCGAGUACUCGUUGGCACGACCCAUCUGCUCAACAGUACUUCUCCUUUGAAGAUGUUGUCUUGAAAGGCCUGGCCUCAGACGGCGGUCUGUUCCACCCAGUGACCAUUCCAGAUGUCAGCAAAGUAUAUCUGUCAUGGAAGGAUCUUUCCUUCUCAGACCUGGCCUUGCAAGUCAUCCGCCCAUUCAUGUCGGCUGCCGAAAUCUCAGAUACAGACCUCAAGUCCAUAGUCGACCAGAGCUACUCCGUCUUCCACCACCCUGACACCGUACCUCUUAUCACUCUCGACGCAUCCAAAGACCUCCAUCUACUCGAGCUCUUCCAUGGCCCCUCGUUCGCCUUCAAAGACAUAGCUCUUCAAUUUCUCGGUAACCUGUUCGAGUUCUUCCUCGUUCGCCGAAACAGAGAGCUUUCACCAGGCCAGUCUCGCCACCAUCUCACCGUCAUUGGCGCUACCAGCGGUGACACAGGCAGCGCCGCAAUCUACAGCCUCCGUGGCAAACAGGAUGUCAGCAUCUUCAUUAUGUUCCCUGAUGGCAAAGUCUCGCCUGUUCAGGAGGCGCAGAUGACCACGGUUCUGGAUUCGAACGUCCAUAAUCUCUCCAUCAAAGGCACUUUUGACGACUGUCAAGACAUGGUCAAAGCCCUUUUCGCCGAUGCUGAGAUGAAUAAAUCGCACCAUCUCGCAGCCGUCAACUCAAUCAAUUGGGCCAGAAUUUUAGCCCAAAUAACCUACUACUUCUCCGCCUACUUCCAACUCCUAAAACACAACCCCAACCUCCCUUCAAAUGAUUCCGUCCAAUUCGUGGUCCCUACGGGUAACUUCGGUGACAUCCUAGCCGGCUUCUACGCCAAACGCAUGGGCCUCCCCAUUGCCAAACUCGUCAUCGCCACCAACGAAAACGACAUCCUCCACCGUUUCUGGAAGACAGGGACCUACUCCAAGAAGAAAGCUCCACCACAAGAAGCAGAAGGCAGCGGCUUCGCUCAGGACGGGGUAAAAGCGCACGAGGACGGCGUCAAGGAGACACUCUCCCCAGCGAUGGACAUCCUGGUCUCCUCCAACUUUGAGCGAUUACUCUGGGAACUCACCUUCCAGUACGAGAAAGCCCUGGACGAAGCAGCCAGCACAGUGAAUUCAGACUCGAUGCCUUCCUCUUCUGCAGUGGCAGAAAACGAACCAGCAGUCCAACGCGCCGGACGCAAGAUCAACGCCUGGUUCUCCGCACUGAAGAAGACUGGCUCUUUCACCGUGCAAGAACCCGAAAUUCUCGCAGCGGCAAGAGCGAUCUUCACAACCCACCGGGUCAGCGAUGCAGAAACAAGCGCCACCAUCCAGGCCUGCUACCGAGGCGAGAUCAUCGAGCACAAAGGCUACGUGUUGGACCCCCAUACCGCGGUCGGUGUUGCUGCCGCUCUGAGACAGAUCCAGCAACAACAACCAAGCUCCAACGGAGAAGACGUGACCAAGACGGACGAACAGAUUCAGAGUCAGAAUCAGGAGAAGGUGAAGAUGCACACAAUCGCGCUCGCGACGGCGCAUCCAGCCAAGUUUGCCAAAGCUGUAGAUGUGGCGUUGAAGGGGGAGGAAUCUUUCGAUUUUGCUCGGGUCCUGCCACAGGAAUUUGUCGGUUUGGUCGAGAGGGAGAGGAGGGUCAGGAAGGUUGAUCCCCGCACGGGCUUGGAGGGGAUUAGGAACAUUAUCGUGGAGGAGGUGAGGAGGGAGAAAGAAGGGGACGGGUGUUAG